AUGCAAGCAUCCUGUUUUCGUCCAGUGGAUGCGGACACAAUUAUCAGACCUAAGUAUUUAAACGAUGCUCCUUCGGUCCCUGGGACAGUGUUACUGCAAUUGAGCUGGAGAUUUGACGAAAUCAAAAUGAAGAUAUUCUGUAUCCUCGUACUGUGCACUAUUGCACUUUCGUCUGCUGAAGAGCAUCCUCGCGGCAGAAUGAUCCAGGUCUGCGGAGCUGAACUCGCCAGGGCUGUUAAACGUGUUUGUGAAGACGGAGAUCUGGAUUUCUUCAACCUUCAACACAUACAGCAUCACCACCAACACAAUCACCAGCCGGAUCAUCAGCAUAAUCACCAACAUGAUCACCAGCAUGGCCAUGAUCAUCACCAUGAGUGGAAGGGGCAACUGGCGAAGAGAGACACAUCGACCACUUUAGCUGACCAGUGCUGCGCCAAGCCGUGCCAUGUUAAAGAUUUUGUCAGCUACUGUCCUUAAGGGAAGGCUCUUCAAGAUAAUAAUAUCUUAGUCAGAUGUGUUUAAUAAAAUAUGUUCAAACAUCAGUAACUACAUACUAAAACAAAGUCGCUUUCUCUGUCUCUUUAACCCUAAGUAUGCUUAAAUCUGCAAAACUGCGCAACGGAUUUAGAUGCGGUUUU